UGAUUGGAGACAUGUUCUAAGGCCGACACCUCAGCCACCAUGAAAGGGUUAGGAGCCAACCGCAGUCGUCACCUGUCUGACUCGUGUGAACCAGCGGGAUGCUCACAGAAGCCUCUCUAUCCUUUGACCUCUGACCCUCACAGCUCCUUUCUGUUGAGCCCCACUAUAAACCACUAUGGCACCCUGGACCCACAUCUCCACCAUUGCACUCCCACCAUCCCCACCGCCAUGACCCCUGACUGCCUGCUGCCUUUCACCCAGAUUUCCAACAGCAGCACCUUCCCUCGUUUGCAUUUCACCUCCCAGACUGACCAGGUGGACUGCUCCCAGGCCUAUAUGGCUGGUGGUAGUGGAGUCGGGCAGGGCGGUAGAGCAGGUCCACUAUCCACCUCCUUGUCAAUGGGCAUGGGCUUGGGUCUGGGCCUUACUGGUGCUCCUAUGAUCACCAGUGGAUCAGCCACCAUCUCCUCUGCAGCAGCAGCCAAGAUGAAUCGGUUACCCUCCAACCUUUUGGAUCAGCUAGAGAGGCACCUGCCUCUGCAGCGUGAUGGCUUCAGCACGCUGCAGUUUCAUAGAGGACGUAUGUCGAAGCAACGCAGUGAGAGCCCAGGACGCAUUCGUCACCUGAUGCACUCUGUGCAGAAACUAUUUGCCAAGUCCCAGUCCCUGGAAAACUCUGCAAUCAAAGGCAACAUAAAUGGGCGAUCUGCUGGAGGAAUGACUACAGGAGCUGGUGAGGACGGUGGUAGACCAACACGCAGGAGCAAGAGUAAAGAUAGGGCUAAAACCGAAGGGCCAAAGCAGAGACCGAGGCCCAAUGCACUAGGCCUCUGGAGCUCAGACGACGCCCUGGACACUGACACUACCAAAGCUGGCACUAUUGCUGUAGGUUACCGCAACCCACUGACCAUGAUGACUCUUGGUAGAGCGGUGUCAGACAGCCAGGCCACUCCCAGACAUAUCCCACAGGGCUACCACACCAUUUCUGCACAUACUCUCAAGACCUCGAAAAGCAGCAGUGACCUCAAGUUUCUGGCAUGCCAGGCGACGCAGGUAGGAUCCAAGGAAGCGGAGGGAAGAUUCAGGGGAAGCAAGGAUGAUAUACUGGUGAAGAGGGGCUCCUGGUCCACUCUCACCCUCAGCCAGGCCAGGCAAGUGUUGCAGAAGGGCUCUACUACAGUUAACAGGACCCUGCUUAAAACGAAGUCGUGCCACCAAGACCUGGCACAACAGUUUCUUCAGGUAGGAGGGCCAGUCCCAAUGGGGGACUGGUCAGGAACUGUGGGUCGUGGCCGGGCCGGAGGAACUGAGAUCCCCUGUCGAAGGAUGCGCAGUGGCAGCUAUGUGAAAGCUAUGGGGGACUUAGAAGACAGUGACGAUUCAGAGGGAAGCCCCAAACCUUCUCCCAAAGCCACUGCCCGUCGCCAGAGCUACCUAAAGGCCACCCAGCACUCUCUGAGUGAGCAGCAGCCACCUCCACCUCAACGCAACUCCCUGCCGACCCUGAAAGAGCUGUCGACUAAUCGGAGCCUCGAUAACUUAGACUGCCUGGUGAGCCCGACGGAGGCCCCUCCACGCUACAGGAACAGUGAUUUCAGCCAAUGCUCUGGCACACUGGGCAGAGGCUCGGCCACUCAGCGUGUGAGUCUGCACACGUUCUUUCAGGUAUACGGGCACGGCUAUGGGCACUCAGUCCCGUACUGUGAGGGGGAAUCGCAGGCAGUGGAGGCUCUGGAUCUGCCUGCGCCAACGUGCUUCCGGUCACGCAGCCAUAGCUACCUGCGGGCCAUCCAGGCGGGCUGCUCCCAGGAUGAAGAUACGGCCUCUGCGGACUCAGACUCACCACCACCCACCACUAUAGGCUACAGCUACAGCUCAAACACAAUCAGCAAUAGAAAGGCUCCUCCUCCAGUCCCACCUCGCACCACAUCCAAGCCCCUCAUCUCAGUGACAGUGCAGAGCAGCACAGAGUCGGCCCAAGACGUAUACCUUGAUCAGCAGGACCGCGGCAGUGAGGUCAACAGCCAGUCAGGACGCAGCAACUCCUCUGACAGUCUCUGUAGCAUCCGCACGGGCAGUCUGGCUAAGGGGACCCGACCCCCACCAGUCCCUGUCCCUACUGCAACCCCUGCACCCGCUGCAGGCUCUGUACAUCCUGUUCCAGCUCCUCGUGACCUCCCUCCCACCCACUGUCCCACUGUCGCCACAACCACUACUUCCACAUCUACCCAGUCCCAACAUGACACCCUGAGUAUUGGUCUCACCCUUCAGCACCCCCCGACUGCAACCAAGAGGAAACUGUCUUCUAUCGGAAUUCAGGUGGAUUGCAUUCUGCCAGUCUUAAGAGAAGAACCACUCCCCCUGGCUGCACCCCUUAAGUUUCAGUCAAUUGGAGUUCAAGUGGAGAACGGAAGGCCUCUCAGCCGGGACAACAGCAUGGCCUCCAGACAAAAUACAGAGACUGAGCCUCAGGAGCUUCAGGAGCUUCAGGAGCCCCAGGAUGCCGCACCCACAGAAAACACCACAGCCAACUGUACCAACAGUCAAACAGUGAAUGCCACCGCACCCACCAGACAGGACAAAGCCAUGGAACAGCACCCCCUUGAACACACUUCAGCACCCUCCAGGAUAUCCAACUCGCCCCCGGAGAUCCUGGACCCGGCUUUAGAUCCCUCCUCGCUGCCACCACCAGAUCCCAGCCUGGGGACUGGAAACUGCAGCACCCCCGGGGAUGCUGUUCAGCCCAGCACGCCAGCCUGCCUCAGAGACGGUAGCUGGUUUUUGAAGCUGCUGCAGGCGGAAACGGGGCGCAUGGAGGGUUGGUGUCAACAGAUGGAGCAGGAGACCAAAGACAACCAGAUUUCAGAGGAGGUGUUGGGGACGAUCCGCAGUGCAGUAGGCAGCGCUCAGCUCCUCAUGACAAAGAAGUUCGAGCAGUUCAGAGGGCUGUGUGAUGAGAACCUGAACCUAACUGCCAACCCACGGCCAACAGCGCAGGACCUCGCAGGGUUCUGGGAUCUGCUACAACUCUCAAUAGAAGACCUCAGCAUGAAGUUUGAUGAGCUCUACCAACUGAAAGCCAACAACUGGAAACUUCCUGAAAAACCAGAGAAGAAGAAUGAAAACAAGCAGCUUCCAUCAUCUGUGCCAAAGAAGCAGACUAAGCCCAAGCUGUCAGCGGGGAAGGACAGGAGCGUGGACUCGGUUGUGGACAAACAGCGGCAAGAAGCCAGGAAACGUUUGAUGGCAGCGAAGCGCGCGGCAUCAGUACGACAGAACUCGGCCACGGAAAGCGCCGACAGCAUCGAAAUCUACGUCCCCGAGGCCCAAACCCGCCUCUGAGAGUGAACCAGCACAGAUCAUCGAGGAAAAAAUCCAGACUCACUUCAGACAUUCAUUGACACAAAACACACAGACAGAUCUGAGACGAACACACAGAUGUACAACGGAUGCACUGAGGCCGACGCCUCAUAGCAGCACAGCUGAUGACAGGAGAAACGAUCAUAUGCCACCCAAACAAUCCAGAAUAUUGCUGAUCAUCGCCCUGCUGCCAUGGGACAGAAAUCACCUUGACAUAUGUUUAAUACUAUUGUUAUUAUUGUCAUUAUAAUAAUUAUUAUCUCCUAAAGUAUAUCAGGACUGUCUUAAAUGUGCAAGUAUCUUGGAUAAGGACAUCCUGUACCAUGUGAGCUGAAGAAUCUUGGUAUCCCAGAAGUUUACUCUCUUAAAACUCCCUUCACUGCUGAGUCUACCGGCAAGUUGUGGCUGCCUGGUUUACGAGCUGAGCUACCAUCCACACACACUCAGGACACACAUGCAGGUGUACUCACUGUCCACAGAGUCUUCCUGUUCUCUAUUUGUAUUAGGCUGCUACUCGUCGGGUGUGCUGCGUACGCUUUACUGUGUACGAUUUAUGAGGUGGUGUUGGAGGUUUGAAAUGCAGAGAACCAGAGGAAGGCAGUAGCAUAUAUAUUAUAAAUAUCACACUAUUACAAUGUUCAUUUUGUAAAUGUUGUAUACCAGAUUAUUUGUUAGAAAGAGGUCAGUGUUCAGUACCAAGGUAGUUUUUUUAUAGAUCGAGUACAUGUACUGUCAUGAUAUAUUAGCACUCCACCUCUCUCUCUCCCUCUCUCCCUCUCCUCCUCACAAACGCACACUACACAGUCUGUGUCUGUGAACACCCAUUGUUAAAGUCUUACAUUUGUUUUGUUUUUGUGAAGGCAUGUGAGGAAUGACUGCCCUGCCAGUGAGCUACAGAGGAAUGUAUGAAGUUGUAUUCAUUUACAGCUCAUGUUGACUUGAUCACUGCACUUUUCCAUUCACCUCAGAUCAAGUUUGCUCACCUUCGUUUGCCUAAUUAUUCUGAUCUUCACACGAUGUAGGGGACCAAGACAUUCACCACUUGUUAUGGCAUUCCCAUUCAACAAGGCUAAGUGUGAUUUUAGGGUGGGGUUUUUUACUUGCCACCGGAAAGGAAAUGGAACAGCAUAGCAAUAAUAAAAUCGUUUUUAGAGCGAGCAAUGCAGUAGAUACCCAGUCUUAAAUUAUUUAAUUCAACAUUUCGAAUAAGACUUUGUUGGCAUGAAGGAUGAAUGUUUCUUUCUUUUAUGAACAGACUGCCCUUGGAAUGACUCAAAUCUCAGGUUGAACACAAACUUGACAGUAAAAACCACUAUGGAUUAAUUAUUUAUUAUAUAACCACAAAUUGACUGGCCAAACGCUUCAGAGUCGUUGACACAUAGUUCAAAUCCAAAGCUACUCCGUGUUCUUCAGUGAGAUAAAUAAGGUUUGGUGCAGUGAAGUACGGGCUUACAUUGACUGCUGAAUUCGGCAGACUCCUUCGCUGCCCUUUCUAGCAGCUGGAUCUCCCACCCCCCCCCCCCCCCUGUUUGUUGAGACUGAGCUAUGGUACUUAUUAUUUUUUUAAUUUAAAUGUUACUGUCAUUUGACACGUUUUGUGACUUUCAUCCGAAAUGAGGUCGACUUCUGUACUUAUAAUAAUUAAUGGUGCUGCAAGGGGAAUCCAUAUUGUGCCAAGAUGGCAAUGCUCAACAUUUCAGUGUCAUUUGAUGAAGCUUUUAUUUAAAAAUGAUUUAUUUUAGUUUUUAAAUCUGCUCAUGAAUUCAGCUCUCUGUGUGUGCGCGCGCAUUCUCAGCCAAGUUUAUUUUGUGUUUUUUGCAUCUGCACACUCCGGAUACGCUAUGCCUUGUCUCCGUCUCGACUCAUGACACUUUGAGUAUGGGACGGGAGUACUUUCCACGUUUCCGGUUUUCUCAAAUGGAAACACGGGGUGCCAAACGGUACAUGAGUGGAACCGGGCAUAGCAGAUACUCAUGCAGUUGGCUCACUAGUUUUUUUUUUUUGUGUUGUCUUUAGUAAGAGCUGGCUCUCCCCCUACUGGUCAGUCCUCGCGUGACACUCCAGACAUCUUGUUUCUCUCCAUUUUGAAUCUUAAAACAUCACAUAAGAAAUGACGUUGAACUGGGAAUGCUGACACAACACCAAGUUGAUGAUUUUCUUAUUCUCUUGUAUGACAUCAACAAUGGACAUGUACAUUUCAUUGUCCAAAGAAAUCAUUAAACAUCCCUUUGCUACA